AUGCGCCAUUUCAUCCCCUUUACCUCUUUUAUGUCUCCUUUAAUCCACCCUCAAUCCAACUACAAUAACCAUUAUAAUGAAGUUCAUUAUCUUACAGAGGAUGCUAGAAACAGAGCCUUGAAGGAUAUUGAUGCCCGUCGUAUCUCUCUUGGUAAGCUUGCUGGACAACUUAUGGGUUUUAUUGGUGGGAGUGAGGAAGUAAAAAAUGCACUUGUAAAUGGUUUGCACAGUAAUGUAAAUCAGCUUGAAAAGCUUUUGAAAACAUCUUGUGGAGAUAAGGGGUGUUGUAAGUAUAAUGAUGAUGUAAAAAAUAACCUUAAUGAUGUCAAUGAGAAGCUUAAAAAUCACCUUAAAGAGGAACAAAAAGCCUCUAAAAAUCUUACUGAAAUCCUUUCUCAGUGCAAGUUAAAUGAUCUUGAUGGUCCCUUAAAAGAGCUUAAAGAUGCAAUUACUGAGAAAAUUGAGAAGCUUAAUAAAGAUAUUGAGAGCCUUAAAAAAGCAGAUAAAGAUGCUAAACAACGCAAUGAAACUCCUCAAAAUGCCUCUGAAAUUGUCAAGUUUAAUAAGGAUCUUCAGUCUCAUAAUGCUUCCAAGAGGUCUCUUGAGACACUGAAAGAGCUUUGUGGAUAUGCUGGGAAAAUUCAAAAAAAUCAUGAAAAUCCUAAAAAGCUUUUAGAGAGUCUUUGUACAGGCCUCGAAAAAUUUCUCGGCUACCAGGAUGGUAAUUACACCGGAGAGGGAAUUGUGUACUCGGACCUUGACAGGCUCUGCGACGGGGUGAUGGCGUUCUUGCACGGGGUGCUCAGUGGAGUGAAAGAUGAUGAGAGUGUUACAACUUAUGAUAAAAAUAAUGACAUUAAUAAUGUUCUUGAGAAAUUAAAUGAUAGUGUAGGUAAAGGCCGUAAGGCCUUCGAGGAGGCCGUGACUCAGGUGGACACAUUGACCAAGAAUGUUACAAGACCAUUAGGUGCAAUCGAGAAAUUCAAGUCUUCAGAAUACGACGCUAUCUCAGGGCAGUUGGCGGACUGGACUGACUCAGUCCAGAUGCUUCCGACUCUCCCAAAAUCCUCACUUAAGUCACUUAGCGCCUUAGAUGGCAAACUAAAAAAUCACUUAGAAACAAACGUAUGCGUAAUUCUCAGUAGUGUUAAUACAUUUGUGGAGUCCACUAAGCAUAGCUACGAUGACUUGGUGGCGGUGGCUAGCACUGUGGAUAGGGACCUUACUGGGCUGGAAAACCAGGUGAAUGUCACAGUUCAGCAUGAAGUAGAUAUACUUAAACGGGACAUGUACGACAAUAUUGACACUCUUCAGAAAUAUGUAAAAAAAGUGCUUGAGGAGAAAGUUGAUGCCUUGAAGAAGACUGUAGAGAAGUUAGAGAAGAUAAGGUUGAAGAUUGAACGAGGCGCCAAUAAUAUAAAUGAGAGGUUUCAAGAAGAUAGUUUUACUCUGGGCACUGACACUGUCCCUGGUAUGGCGACUAAGGCGCUCGGCAUUUUUACGAAGGCCUGUCAUAUUCGUGAUGAUAAGCUUGGGAAUUUGUGGGCGGAAAUUCAGGCAGCACUUACAAGGCUUGCUGAUGAAAUUGCGCAACAUGAUGGUGGGCCAAAAUCUCAAAACCCAGGUUCGCUUGACAGAAUUGUGAAAAGCGUUGGCGAGUAUGCUACGGAUUUCAAGAGCACCUUUGAAUCGGCCAUCGUAACCAUGGUUGGGAAUAUUAUGAAACGUGAACCUGUUAAGCAUUAUACAGCUGCAUAUGUUACCAGUGUCAAGGGUAGACGUAUAGGUGAUAUGGAUCCAAUGAUAGCUGCAGAUGUAAGAAAUGUUGUGGAUGCGGUGCAAAAUAAUAUCACAACUCAGCUUAAACAGAAUUCUCUACAGAGUCCUGUAUCUUCCGAGAAUGUUGAAUCGGAUUUGCAAGCUGUCAAAAAGUACCUUCACGAUUUUGCCGCCCACGCCGCUGCGAAACUUCACUCUAAUGUUACAACCAUUGUUUCUUCCAUUGAACAGGAUUUACGAAAGAAAAGAGUUUUUGUGAAUCCUCAUGCGCAACUAUAUCUAAAGCGUUCUGUUCAGUCCAUUUUAACCGCAGUCAAGACUGCGGCUGAUGAAUCCGAAAAGGAAAUUGGAAAUUUCAGCACAAUGUCGUACAUUGCUAACUUGGCAACUGCUAUGAAGGCGGUUAAGGAUAUAGGAACGAAGCUUCAGGGAUUGAUUGAAGGUCCGCAUAUUAAUCCAAUUAAAUGUAAAAUGACUGAUGAGGUUACGAAACCUGCUGAGAAGAUUAAGAGUACACUGGCGCAAAUUAUAGAGGGGGUUAGGCUGAAUAUCAGAGCGCUAAACGAUGUUGCUAAGACAGAACCAAUUUCAGGCAAACAACCUGAAGAUAACAUUAAACUGUGUCAAAAUAAUCUUACCAAUGAUGCACGUAACCUGGACACAGACGUCCAGCGUACAUUAACAAACCAAUGCACAGUAUUGAAGCACACCAAAUUCACACCUACUGUACAGGCCUGCGAACAUGCAAUAGUAAACCGUGUCACCGCCGAGACGGCCGACACGAAAAAGAGCAUAAAAAACGAUGCGCUCACGAAGUUCGUAAUGACCAAGGCAAAGGAAUUGAAUGAAUUAAAACAACUCGUCACCAAUGAGUUGGACAAAAUGAUAACCAUAAUUGAUACCGAUUUAAAGACGGGAAUGAAAGGCCUGAUGAAAACCAUGAAAAAUUCUGAAACCAAUCUUGCUGAAAUUAAAAGUCUUGUCACCUCGCAACCUGCUUCAGAUAUGAAUAAUGCUCAAAAAUGCCAAAGUUUUUGCAAUAUAUUGAAAACCUACUUUACUGCUAUUUACAAUUAUUUUUUCGGUCUACUUUACCCAAAACAUGAAACCAUUCAGUCCAUCCACUCCGCUUUAACCACUCUCCUCUCCCACCUGUCCACGCAAAAACACUUCACCCACGAGGUCCCCGGAAUGCUCGCGGAACUCAAGACGUCCGUCCAAGCACUCACUUCUACAGCAUUCGCCAACCCCGCGUACCCCGUGCUCGACGCUUUCCCCAAGAGCCUGCUGCCGUUCGUCGAGCAGCUGGAGAGGGGGUACGUGAACAGGUAUGAGGGGGGUGAUAAAAUAACAUGGGAGAAAGAGGGGAGUACAUCAACCGUGUACAGCACCCAUGUCAGCUAUAAUACUGAGCUGACUGAGGAAAGCCAAAAGGGCGCUAGAGUAUUCCUUAGCAUAAUGGACAUCAUUUCUGAUGCCUUUAGCAAAAUGGAUUACAAGUGUAAUGGUGACUGGAGUAGUAAAAAACUUUGCGAAAAAGUCAACGGUGAUGAAAAUCCCCUCGGCGCAUUUUUGAAACGCUGCGGUUUCGAGGUCGCCAAAAAUGAGACAUCCAAGGACGGCGAAUUACAUCAUGAGAGUGUAUGGAAUGGGAAGAAGAUACAUGAGGAUUGCCUUAGGGCUGUUCAAGACGCCACCAACAAUGAACAUCUUAAAGCGUGUGUAUCAAAAGACAGCAGCAUUAAAGUGCUAGACAUUCUUUCAUGCCUUAUGACUCACCUUAACCAAUAUAACCAAGUAGGCCACAUAGCAACAUUCACCGCCACUAGGACACCCUGCAGUAUUUUUGAUAUACUGUGUUGGCUGUCCGGCCUUCCGCAUAAUGCAGUAUUCCAGAAACUCACAACACAUUGUAGCUCAUACGACACAAAAGGUGACACCGAUUUACGGAAACGUUUGUUAGACGCGGUAGCAUAUAGUUUCCCCAACAUCGGCAAGUAUUCACAUAAUAUGUUGACCACUAUUGUUGGCACUGGAAACGCCGAUACCAUAUAUGGCUCUGACCUCGCUAACAACUCUCUCAAAUUUAAAUACCCUGCUUCCGGCGAGGAAUGUCUGUCCACUCUUCUAGACAUUAUGCGUAGAUUGUUGCCGGUAUGUAGAUUCUUGUAUAAACAAUGUGGAGUCCGUCCAUCUCAUUUCGGUUGGCGUGAUUGUCAGUACGGCAAAAAUAUUCCCACCGCCAAGUGGCCGUGUACCGACCAUUCAACCGACAAAACAAAUAGCCAACCAACGACUAAACCAACGUGCCAAGCAAACACCGAACCAAAUCGUCGACCAAAUUGCCAACCAACUUCGCCUUUAAUGUCCUACUUAAAUGACUGCUUGCCGGGUCACUUGCCGCACCAGUUAAUCGAUGCCGGUUGUAAGUCAUCGUGUUCCACCUGCCCAUCCACUUCCAGGAAUGGUAUGCCAUGUUUGACACCAUUAGGCUUUAGAGCCUUUUCUGGGUCAACGAAAACUGGCCGCGAUUUAUGUGAGAUUAUAAAGAAAUUCUUGAUCGAUGUGAAUCUCUCAUCGAUCUUUUGCCUGGGCCCCAAACCUCCAGUUACCCUUCCAGAGCACUUCGGCUUUGCUUUGUCGCUUGUCGGUCAAUGGGCUGAUACUUCUAGGACAAGUCCAUCGCACUUUAUGAUCCGCCGACAGAGCUUAUGA